CCAUGCAAACACCAAUCGAUACGUCUUCCGAAAUUUUAUCCCGGAGCGGAAACUUCUAACACUUCUCUUGACGAUUCCGACGUUUGUUUCAUGCGCAAACAACCCUGUUAUUGACCACAGUCGUUGUAAGCUUCGAGGAAUACGCUUUUGAGCCAUGGGAGCGGUGCUGGGGGCCUGUACCGCGGCCUCGUGUGCUGCAAAUCUGGCUUGUUGUUGUGGCUCGGCUGCUUGUAGCUUAUGCUGCAAUUUCUGUCCAACGUGCAAGAAUUCUACGUCGACUCGAAUCGUGUAUUCGAUCUUCCUUUUGUUCGGCUUGGUGGUCUCCUGUAUAGUUCUAGCGCCAGGACUAAGGCACAAACUCAACCAAAUCCCAUAUCUUUGCGAGCAUGCCAGUGAAACAUGUGACAGCAUUGUUGGCUACCUGGCCGUGUACCGUGUCUGUUUUGGCCUUGCCGCCUUCUUCCUGCUCUUCUGUUUACUCAUGUAUGGUGUGACAAGCAGUAGGGAUGUCAGGUCCAAGAUCCAAAACGGCUUCUGGGGAAUAAAAAUUCUGCUCUUUCUUGGUGCCAUUGUGGCAGCAUUUUUUAUUCCACAAGGAAAAUUCUCAGAAGUGUGGAUGUACUUUGGUUUGAUAGGCAGCUUUCUCUUCAUCCUGAUUCAGCUUGUUCUCCUAGUUGACUUUGCCCACACAUGGAAUAGUUCCUGGGUGGGCCGAAUGGAGGAGUCUGGUUCUAAAGUCUGGGCUGUCCUUCUCCUGUGCGCCACCUUCCUGAUGUAUGGCUUUUGUGUUGCGGGAAUUGUCUGUUUGUACGUGUACUUCACCUACUCCCAGGAGUCUUCUUGUCAUACCAACAAGUUUUUCAUCAGCUUCAACCUCAUAUUAUGUAUCAUUGCAUCUGUGCUGGCCAUACAUCCUAAGGUGCAAGAACGCCUGCCAACAUCAGGUCUUCUGCAGGCUUCUGUGAUCUCCUUGUAUACUGUGUACCUGACGUGGUCAGCCUUGUCAUUCCAGCCCGACAAAAACUGCAAUGGUUUCUAUGAAACUCACAUCACCUUGGCUGGAAUGGACAGCCAGGCAAUCAUCGGUGUCAUCCUCAUGUUUGUGAUGGUUGUGUAUGCCAGCGUCCGCACUGCGAGCAGUUCCCAAGUUGGCAAACUGGGAAUGUCAUCGCCAAAGCAUUCCUCAGCUCUUGAUAAAGAAACAACUGUGUUAUCAGAGGGAGAUGAGACCAGGAGUGACGUGGGGCUGGUUGAAGAGGGUGGUGGAGGUCGUAGGGUGUAUGAUGACGAAGAUGGGGGUGUGGCUUACAGUUACUCCUUCUAUCACUUUAUGCUAAUGCUUGCAUCACUCUACAUCAUGAUGACUCUCACCAACUGGUACAAGUAAGUGAUGACUCUCACCAACUGGUACAAGUAAGUGAUGACUCUCACCAACUGGUACAAGUAAGUGAUGACUCUCACCAACUGGUACAAGUAAGUGAUGACUCUCACCAACUGGUACAAGUAAGUGAUGACUCUCACCAACUGGUACAAGUAAGUGAUGACUCUCACCAACUGGUACAAGUAAGUGGUGACUCUCACCAACUGGUACAAGUAAGUGAUGACUCUCACCAACUGGUACAAGUAAGUGAUGACUCUCACCAACUGGUACAAGUAAGUGAUGACUCUCACCAACUGGUACAAGUAAGUGAUGACUCUCACCAACUGGUACAAGUGAUGACUCUCACCAACUGGUACAAGUAAGUGAUGACUCUCACCAACUGGUACAAGUAAGUGGUGACUCUCACCAACUGGUACAAGUAAGUGAUGACUCUC